AUGUCCUUGUUUAAAGCUAGAGACUGGUGGUCCACCAUACUGGGAGAAAAGGAAGAAUUUGACCAAGGCUGCCUGUGUGUUGCUGAUGUUGAUAACAGUGACAGUGGACAAGAUAAAAUUAUUGUGGGAAGUUAUAUGGGAUAUCUCCGAAUCUUUAAUCCACAUCCUGUGAAACCUGGAGAUGGAAUACAACCUGAAGACUUGCUCCUGGAAGUGCAGUUACGAGAACCAAUAUUGCAGGUGGAAGUGGGAAAAUUUGUUUCUGGUACUGAAGGACUUCAUCUGGCUGUGUUGCACUGCCGAAAACUCUGUGUAUAUGCUGUUUCAGGAACCCUGGGAAAUGUGGAACAUGGGAACCAGUAUCAGAUUAAACUGAUGUAUGAGCACAAUCUUCAGAGAACUGCUUGUAAUAUGACGUAUGGGCCAUUUGGUGGUGUAAAAGGUAAGCUCCAUAUUGCAUAUUCUUUAUUAUUAGUUGUUCCACUGUGA